AUGCUAACCCCGACGCGUAUCCUCCGCGCAUCAUGGUCCACCACCCUGCGGCUCCCAAAAUCGAAUUUCCCGCCUAGACCGCUACCUUCUGCGAAUCGCGAGUACCUGCGCCGAUGCACCGAUGAGUUGUAUGCCUGGCAGCGGAGCCCCGACCAAAAAGAAGGAUCUGCCAUACCGAGGUUCACGCUACAUGAUGGACCGCCGUACGCAAACGGACCGCUGCACAUUGGCCAUGCACUGAAUAAAAUUACAAAAGAUGUGAUUUGUAGAUUUGAAGUUGGGCAGGGGAAAGAAGUGUCGUAUAUCCCUGGCUGGGAUUGUCAUGGAUUGCCUAUUGAAAUUAAGGCAUUACAGGCGCAGAAGAAAGAUGCAGCGCAGACGGAUGCAGUGAGUGUGCGGGAGGCGGCACGAGAGUUGGCAGCAAAGACGAUUGAAGAGCAGAAGAGCGGGUUCAGGGAGUGGGCGGUUAUGGGGGAGUGGGAGAAUGCGUAUCAGACUAUGGAGCGGGGGUUUGAGUUGAGGCAGCUCGACGUGUUCAAGGUUAUGUUUGAGAAAGGGCUGGUUUAUAGGCAGUUUAAGCCUGUGUAUUGGAGUCCCAGCUCGCGGACUGCGCUGGCGGAGGCGGAGUUGGAGUAUGAUGAGGGGUAUAAGAGUUUGGCGGCUUUUGUGCGGUACCCUGUGAAGCUCUCGGAAGAACUUAAAGCUGGGGCGCUGAGGGAUGUUGAAGAUGAAGUCAGCGUGGUUAUUUGGACGACUACGCCUUGGACUCUACCGGCAAACAAGGCUAUUGCGGUGCACAGAGAUAUGCAAUAUUGCAUUGUCAAAGAUGCAGGCAACAACAACGAACUCAUCCUUAUCGCUACUUCACGAAUACCCGAGUACGAAAAAAUCCUCGAGCGCAAGCUGGAAAUCGUCGUAUCAGAGCUCCGCGGCUCAGACAUCGCCGACCAAGUCCAAUACGAAAACCCGUUCCAAAAAGCCUCCGGACUACAACCCAUCAUCCACGCAGACUUUGUUACAGACUCGUCAGGUACAGGUCUCGUGCACCUCGCUCCCGGCCACGGCAUGGACGACUACAACGUCUGCACGCCCCUCGGCAUCCCAGCAUUUGCCCCUGUAGACGACGCCGGCGCCUUCACCAAAGAUGCGUUUCCCGAACAGCCAGACUUGCUAGAGGGUUUGCCUGUCACCGACAUCAAGAAAUCCGGUAGCAACGCCGUGUGCAACUACCUGCAGAAACGCGGGUUGCUCCGUGCAAAGCAGAAUUAUCGGCACAAGUACCCGAUUGAUUGGAGGACUAAGGAGCCCGUCAUCACGCGAGCUACUGAGCAGUGGUUUGCAAACGUCGAAGGCAUCAAGGAUGCGUCCAUGAAGGCAAUUGCCAAUGUUAGUUUCAAACCAGAGUCUGGGCGGAGUCGUCUGGAGAGCUUCAUUCAAGGUCGGAGUCAAUGGUGCAUCUCGCGGCAGCGCGCGUGGGGUGUGCCUAUACCUGCUUUGUACAAGGUAGAGGGUGAUACCCUUGAAGCGACUAUGGAUUCCAAGGUCAUUGAGCAUAUCAUUCAAGUCAUCAAAGAGCGUGGCAUCAACGCAUGGUGGACGGAUGCACCAGACGAUCCCGCGUGGAAGCCGCCGCACCUCAACGGCACAUAUGUACGCGGCAGAGACACAAUGGACGUAUGGUUCGACAGCGGAACAAGCUGGACUCUUCUACCUCCGCAAAAAGACGAACCCGUAGCAGACGUAUACCUCGAAGGCACCGAUCAGCAUCGCGGCUGGUUCCAGUCCUCGCUCCUCACCCACGUCGCCACGCAACCGUACGCAAGCGCCACCGUCAAGGCACCGUACAAAACCCUCAUCACCCACGGCUUCACCCUCGACUCGGACGGCCGCAAAAUGAGCAAGUCCCUCGGCAACGUCAUUUCCCCCUUCCAAAUCAUGUCGGGCGAACUGCUUCCCCCCGUGAAGCGCAAGAAGCAAAAGGGCGCAAAGCGAGACGCAGCGACUAAACAUGCUCCGACGUACGACUCCAUGGGCGCCGACGCACUGCGUCUCUGGGCCGCAAGCAGCGACUAUACGCGCGACGUAACAAUCGGCCAGCCGCUCCUCAUGUCGGUGAAUCAAGCCCUGCACAAGUACCGCGUCACUUUCAAAUGGCUUCUGGGUAUCUUCUCCCUCCCCUCGUGUUCCCCACCGUUUGUAUCCUUCAACAGCCUCGUCCCCACCACCAGCGAGUUUGCAGAACUAACAGAUCGACUCGCGGUACACCGUCUGGUACAGGUAAGCAACGAAGCGCAUACUCACUUUGUAAACUACGAUUUCUUCAAGGGCAUCAACACGCUGAACAAGUACAUUGCCAUGGACCUGAGCGCUUUCUACUUUGAGACGCUCAAAGAUAGAGUGUACACGGGUGAUACGGCGGAUUGCCAGACGCUCCAGCGCGUUUUGGGCUUGAUUUUCUACGAGCUACUGCAGAUGCUGGCGCCCGUGUGUCCGUUGCUUGUCGAGGAAGUCUGGGAUCAUGUCCCUGCUGCCCUAAAAGACAAGAGUAUCCAUCCUGCGCGCGCAACGUGGGAGCGUCUUGCGCCGCUGCCCGAGUCGGAAGCCAAGAGUUUGGAGCGUAUGAGCGGGGUGGUGGGGACGCUUGGUGGUGCGAUUAAGGUUGCGCAAGAGAGGGUUCGGGCGGGGAAGAAGAUUGGAUCGAGUUUGGAAUGUGCGGCGACUGUUUACCUGCCUGCUUCUAGCAUUGAGGCGUUGAGUGGGACAUUUUCAAAUGCCAUGCAUCCACUGGGUCUUCAAGCUGAAGACAUGGAGAAUCAGUUGGCAGGCUUGUUUGUCAUUAGCGAAAUGAAGCGGCAAUGGGCGUGGGUGGAAGAGGAAGCUGUGGCGGCAAGUGGAGACCAAGGCAGUGAUUUGCUCACAAAAGCACGAGUGCUGGUGCAUCCCCCUAGUCGGGAAAAGUGUCCGAGGUGCUGGCGCUUUGUCAAGGAAGAAGCGGAGGAUGUGUGUAGCAGGUGUGCGCAUGUUGUGGAGAAACAGGGCGGGGUUUAA